UUUGCGCCAACUUUGUUUCCAACAAUGGAACCCUUUCUUCUCUUGUGACAAUCUGCAUUUUGCAACCCCUCUUCAAUUCUCUUUCAAACAUAACAUACAAAAACAAAUUUUAUACAAUUUCAUAUUGUAUAUGAUUGUUAUUGCAUGUUAUGGAGAUUGAUUCAAUCGCUUUUGAUUCAUGCUCGAAAGAGAAUUUGACCCUUUAUCAAGAGUGGUUCAAUUAUGCAGAUUCAGAUGGUGAUGGUCGCUUUACAGGGAAUGAAGCCACUAAAUUUUUCGCCAUGUCGCACUUGUCUCGCCAAGAGCUUAAGCAGGUGUGGGCUAUUGCAGAUUCAAAGCGAGAAGGAUAUCUCGGUUUCAAAGAAUUUGUCAUUUCUAUGCAGCUUGUUUCUUUAGGACAAUCUGGCCACUCAAUAACACAUGAUCUUCUCACUACUGAUAUUUUGCAAAAUAUAAAACCACCUCAAAUGGAAGGUUUGGAUGCAUUAGUUGCAAAGAAAAAGCGAAAACAAAAAGAUAAAGAUGUAAAUGCUAGUCCUAGUCCUCUGCCAUCGCCUUCGAGUAAUUGGUUUUCUGCAAAGUCAACGAAAAAGGUACCGGCUUCCUCAGUGACAUCAAUUAUUGACGGUUUGAAGAGACUUUACAUACAGAAGUUGAAGCCUUUAGAAGUUGCUUACCGAUACAACGAUUUCGUAUCUCCUUUAUUGAAUAAUAGUGAUUUUGAUGCCAAACCUAUGGUUAUGCUUUUGGGUCAGUACUCAACAGGGAAAACAACUUUUAUUAAACAUAUGCUUCAAAGUAGUUAUCCAGGCGCUCAUAUUGGACCUGAACCAACAACUGAUAGGUUUGUUGUUGUCAUGUCUGGACCGGAUGAAAGAAGUAUUCCUGGUAAUACUGUUGCUGUACAAGCUGACAUGCCAUUUGGUGGUCUUACAACUUUUGGCACAGCUUUUUUGUCCAAAUUUGAGUGUUCUCAAAUGCCUCAUCCUCUACUGGAGCACAUUACAUUUGUGGACAGUCCCGGAGUUCUAUCAGGAGAAAAGCAACGAUCACAAAGAUCAUAUGAUUUCACCGGUGUAACAUCUUGGUUUGCUGCUAAAUCUGAUUUAAUACUCCUUCUGUUUGAUCCUCACAAACUUGAUAUCAGCGAUGAGUUCAAACGUGUGAUAUCGUCUCUACGAGGGCAUGAUGAUAAAAUUCGGGUGGUUUUGAACAAGUCAGACCAAGUUGAUACUCAACAAUUAAUGAGAAUUUAUGGUGCAUUAAUGUGGUCCCUUGGGAAGGUGCUCAAUAUUCCAGAAGUCAUGCGAGUGUAUAUAGGCUCCUUCAAUGACAAGCCUGUAAACGAUAGAGCCAAUGGUCUACUUGGCAAUGAACUCUUUGAAAGAGAACAGGAUGACCUUCUUUCAGAUUUAAAAGAUAUACCAAAGAAGGCUUGUGAUCGUAAAAUCAAUGAAUUCGUAAAACGAGCUCGAGCCGCAAAGAUACAUGCAUAUAUUAUCAGUCAUCUAAAAAAGCAGAUGCCUACCAUGAUGGGGAAAGCUAAAGCUCAACAAAAACUCAUUGAUAACUUGGAGGGUGAAUUUGCAAAGGUACAAAGGGAGUACCAUCUACCUCCUGGUGACUUUCCAAAUGUUGAUCAUUUCAAAGAGGUCUUGAGUGGUUAUAACAUCGACAAGUUCGAGAAAUUGAAACCGAAAGCGAUACAAGCUGUGGAUGACAUGCUUGCUCAUGAUAUUCCUAACCUCUUAAAGUCUUUUAGAAAUCCAUAUGGUUAAGUUGGCAAGAGCAAUGACAAGGAAAAAUUGUCUGCAUUCAUGCACAAUAAUGUACAUGCUUUGUGAUAUAUAUGUAUCAUAUGGUGCAUAUUAAUAUAAUGGCUUCACCAUCAUAGCUCUACUUGUUGGGAAGAAGGGUUUUUUUGUUGUUGAAUGAAGCAUUAAUGAUAAAAUUUAAAAAGAAAAAAAGGUUGUAUUUCUCUAAAGAAAAUGUUACAAUUGCUUGGACCUAUCACUUUUAUAGGUCUUCCACUUUUUCAAUAGACAAUGGUGGUAUAUUUCAUCUAA